AUGCGCUUCCAUCAAGUACAAGCUCUCAUCGUUGCUUCCUUGGCCGUUUUGGCUUAUGGAUCAGCAACCACCAACCUGGCCCCUAUUGAAGGGUAUGAGAUUAUCAUCCCAGAGUGGGAGUUUCAAGAUGAUAUCAACCCGAGAGCCGAGAAAGUCGUUUUGAAUGGAACAGUUCAGGAGGUGUUGGCGGAUCUUCGGUCCUACAACUCUCUGUACGCGCAGGUCUUGGGCCCUGAAUCGGGUUCUCCUACCACCUCUUCAGCCCUAGAAGAGCCGAACAAGUUCGAUAUUUCGCAUGUCGUCUGUCAUAAGUUUUCCUUGGGCUCAGUCGCCGUUGUAAAAGAUGGCAUCAACGAACUCAAACGCAUCCGGCACAGGAGGGCUAAACUCGAGGUUGGCCGGGGAAAAUGCGCUCUUAUGACUUGCGAAUUCAAAACUGCCAUCUGGUGGUGUAAUGACGACGACAAACCAAAGACCAUGAGAACAUUCGACGGCAUUGCACAGGGGGCUGAAAAGGUCUUGCAAUCCUGCGCGAAGAGGAACUCACCUAACGUAUUGCGAUCCUCAGGACAGGCAUUUGACAAGAUGAAGUGGAGCGUUAUCGUGCGCGGUGAGAAUUGCUAA